AUGGCCACCAAAGAAUUCAAGACCUAUACGCACGAGGAGGUUGCGAAGCACAACAAAGACACAGACCUCUGGGUUAUCAUUGACGGAAAAGUCUAUGACUUGACGCGCUUCAAGAACAUGCACCCCGGAGGUGCCUCCGUCCUCGUCGACGAUGAAAUCGCCGGAAAGGACGCUACCGAGGCUUUCUAUGGUCUCCAUAAGCACGAGGUCAUCCUCAGGCCUCAAUACGCCCGCCUCCAAGUCGGUGUCGUCGAGGGUGAACAAAGUGUGAUUACCGGCAAGGUUCCCGGCGAACUCAGCAAAGUUCCUUAUGCUGAGCCUACAUGGUUGUCCGAGGGCUACAAAUCCCCCUAUUACACCGAGAACCAUCGUAAAUUCCAGAAAGCCGUCCGCAAAUUCAUCGAUGAAGUUAUCUCUCCUGACGCUGCCCUCCAUGAAGAAGAUGGCAAACCGCCUAGCAAGAGCGUCAUUGAGGCUAUGGCCAAACUCAACCUGCAUGCCAUGCGUAUGGGUCCUGGAAAACACCUGAAAGGACUUGAGCUCAUGGGAGGCAUUGUCAAACCCGAGGAGUUCGACUACUUCCACGAGAUGAUCAUUACCCAAGAAUUUGCCCGCUGUGGUAAGCGCGGCUACGGAGAUGGCUUGAUGGCUGGUUCCGUCAUCGGACUUCCUCCUGUCCUCAACUUCGCUAGCCCUGCUAUCAGAGACAAGGUCGUUCCCGAGGUGUUGUCGGGAGAGAAACCCAUUUGCUUGGCCAUUUCAGAGGCAUUCGCAGGAAGUGAUGUUGCUGGUCUGCGAACCACUGCUACCAAGACCCAGGAUGGAAAGCACUGGAUUAUCAACGGUACCAAGAAAUGGAUCACCAACGGAACCUUCACUGUUGGAUGCAAGACAGAUGAUGGUUUCACUGUUAUCCUCGUUGAGAGAGGAGAGGGUGUAGAGACAAAGCCCAUUAAAACGAGCUACUCUCCUACCGCUGGAACAGCCUUCAUUUCCUUCGACAAUGUCAAGGUUCCUGUUGAAAACACUCUCGGCCCUGAGGGCGGAGGAAUCUUCGUCAUGCUCAGCAACUUCAACCACGAGCGAUGGGUCAUGAUCUGCUCGUCUGCCAGAAGUCAGCGUCUGGUCGUCGAGGAAUGCCUCAAGUGGACCAACCAGCGCAAGGCAUUCGGCAAGCCUCUUCACUCGCAAGCCGUCAUCCGUCACAAACUUGCGGGAAUGAUUGCCCGAGUGGAAACCAUCCAAAACUGGCUCGAAAACAUCACUUACCAGAUGAACAACAUGUCAUACAAGCAGCAAGCUGCCAAAUUGGCUGGUCCCAUCGGUAUUUUGAAGAUGCAAGCCACUCGCACUGCUCAGGAAACCGCUGCGGAUGCUGUCCAGAUCUUCGGUGGCCGUGGUAUUACCAGGACAGGGAUGGGAGAGUUCAUUGAACACUACCACCGCACUGUUCCAUUCGAUGCUAUCCUUGGAGGAGCUGAAGAUGUGUUGGGAGACCUCGGCGUCCGACAGGCAAUCCGUGGAAUUCCCAAAAACUCGAGACUAUAG